AUGUCAUAAGCUAAAGACGAUAAAAAUAACAAAGAUAAUUAAGCCAAAAAGGUUGAAAAGAAGGAAGAAGUUGUUAAGAAACCUGUUACCCUUUUAGAAGAACUCAGAAACUAGGUUUUAACAAUUGAAAAAGCUAUAACUUAAAGCGAUUUAAAGACUGUUUAGAAGACAUGCAAAGGUAUGAGACGCUUCAAAAAAUAUUUAAAAUCUCACCACUUUGCUAAAAUUUGGGCUGCUAUCUUCCCAAAUGAAACUGAAUAUAACUUUGAAAGCUUUGAAGAUUUCGAUAAAACAUUUGAAGAGAAUUUCGAUAUUUCCAAGAAAAAAGUUUAAAAAAUUUCAAAGGCUCCUGAAUUUGAUUUCUUUUUCAAAAUUCUCCUUUUAUGCUACUUCCUUCAAAUAAAUAAAGUUGAUCAAGCUUAUGAUUUAGCUGGAAAGCUGUUUAACAGAGUUUCUGAAGUUAAUAAAAAGCAUUUUGAAUAGCUGAGUGCCUUUGUUUAUUUCUAUUAUGCACGUACUCGUGAAAUUAAAAACCAAAUUAUUGAAAUUAGGGAAGAACUAUUCGAGGCUUAUAGAUUAGCAUGUAUCAAGCAUAAUGAUUUAGCUUAAGCUACUUUAAUUAAUGCUAUUUUGAGAAACUAUUUGCACUACAAUCACUAUGAAGCUGCUUAACAUUUUGUUUCUAAAAUUACUUUCCCUGAAAAUGUAUCAAACAACGAACUAAUUCGUUUCCUUUACUACACUGGUAGAAUAAAAGCUGUUCAAGUAGAAUACUCUGAAGCUUUCAAUUACCUUAAUUAAGCUCUCAAAAAGUCUCCUGAUAACUCUGCUUUAGGAUUCCGUAUUGAAGCAUAAAAACUUGCUAUUAUAGUAGAAUUUUUAAUGGGUAAUAUUCCUAGUAGAGAUAUUUUUACAAAGUAAGAGUUCUGGAAACCUCUUUAUCCUUACUAUAAGUUAGUUUAAAGUGUAUUGAGAGGUAAUUUGCUUGACUUUAACAAAGUUGUUGCUUAAUAUGCAAACUUGUUCAUAAAAGAUAAAAAUUUUUCUUUAAUUCAAAGGUUAUAGCAAACAGUUAUUAAAACUGGAUUAAGAAAAAUCAAUUUAUCCUAUAGCAGAAUUUCAUUUACUGAUAUUGCAUAAAAAUUAGACUUGAAAAAAAAUAGUGAUGUUGAAUUCAUCGUAGCAAAAGCCAUUAGAGAUGGUAUCCUUAAUGCAAAGAUUGACCAUGAAAAUUAGUAUAUAGUUAUUAAGCAAGAAAACGAUAUCUAUAGUACUAAUUAACCUUAAGAUGCUUUCGCUAAGAGAAUUUCAUAUUGUCUUAACCUCCACAACUCUGCUACUAAAGCUCUUUAGUAUCCUGAUACAAACUACCAAUAUUAGAAUAAAAGCGAUGAUGAAAAUGAUGAUGAUGAGGAUAUUGAUAUUUAUAAAAUUAUGGAAGAAGACAGUUGA